AUGCUGCUGCUGCUGCUGCUGCUGCUGCUGCUGCUGCUCCGGGGGAUGAGUCGGGUGGAGGGUGGGCCUGAGAUCCACUCCGGUUACAGCCUGACAGUGCAAACGGAGGUUGUGGUGCAGGAGGGCCUGUGUGUCCUUGUACCCUGUAAAUUCUCUUAUCCCAAGGAGGUGACUGAUUCGGACUCAAUUCAUGGAUACUGGUACAAGGAAGAAGCCAAUAUAAAAAAAUCUGGUUUAGUGGCCACAAAUAACCCACAGCUGCCAGCACCGAGGAAGGCUAAGGGCCGAUUCUUUCUGAGUGGAGACCUGUGGAAGGAUGACUGCUCCCUGAAGAUCAGCGACAUCACGAAGAAGGCUGAGGGGAAGUACUUCUUUCGCCUGGAGAGAGGAGAAGUAAAAUAUAAUUAUGUUGUGAACAAGAUGACCCUGCAUGUGACAGCCCUCACCGAUACUCCCUACAUCCUUAUCCCGGAGACUCUUGAGGCUGGCCGUCCCAGCAACCUGACCUGCUCUGUGCCUUGGCCCUGUGAGUGGUGGGCACCCCUCAUCUUCUCCUGGACUAGUACCUCUGUGUCGCUCUUGAUCACCAACACCAAUGGUUCCUCAGUGCUGACCAUCACCCCUCAGUCCCAGGACCAUGGCACCAACCUCACCUGUCAGGUGACCCUGCCUAGAACUGGUGCGACCGCAAGAAUGACCAUCCGUCUCAACGUGUCAUAUGCUCCAAAGAAUCUGACUGUGACCAUCUACCGAGGAACUGACCAAGAAUCCACAACCCUGGUGAAUGGCUCGUCUCUCCCUGUCUCCGAGGGCCUGUAUCUACGUCUCUUCUGUAGCACCACUGACAGCUAUCCCCCUGCAACCCUAAGCUGGUCCUGGAAUAACCUGAAUCUGUGCCCCUCAAACCUGUCCAAACCCGGCCUGCUGGAGCUGACUGAAGUACACCUCAAGCAUGGAGGGCUGUAUACCUGCCGGGCUCAGCAUGCCCUGGGCUCCCAACACAUCUCCCUGAGCCUGUCUCCACAGAGCAGUGCAACUUUAUCUGAAAUGAUGACGGGGAUGCUCGUGGGUGCGGGGGCUGCAACCCUCCUUUUCCUGUCUUUCUGCAUCAUCUUCCUGGUGGUAAGAUCCUGCAGGAGGAAACCAGGCAGGUCAGCUGCAGGAGCUCCAGAUCUCAAUGCCCUCAAAGCCUCAGUUUCUCAGAGUCCCCUAGUGGAAUUCCAGGCAGAUGACAGCUCUGAGCCCCUGCCAUCCACAGCUGAGGCGGUCUACUCCUCCACAGAGGAAGAGGUGCAUUAUGCGUCCCUUGACUUUCAUGAAGCGAAGCCCAGGAACCCACAGGUGCAGCAGGACACUGCCACUGAGUACUCAGAGAUAAAGUUCCACAAGUGAUCACAUGGCCACGACAGCUGCCACACUGGGAAAGACACCGGAGCCUGUAUGGCUCUGGAGAAGGAGUGUCGCCCAGGUUGGAAUACACUGCCCAGGACUUC